AUGGCUUCGUGGCACCACUGGCAAAGGACUCAGGGGGACAGGGUUAGAGUUGUGCGAUUAGAAAAGUGGUUUGCGCUGCGCUUUGCUGAGUUGGUAGAGUUCGUGGCCGCGAACCGCAGCGAAGCCAACUUGACCGCCACCGCUUUGAACAUGAGCGUCACCUGCAAGAUGUCGGCCCUGGUCCUGGCAACUCAGUCUCAACUUCCUGAGCCUUUGGAUGAGAGCCAGGAUCUCCGGCCUCAGGCCGCGCCGCCCUUUCCUGGUCCCAGUGCCUGGUCGCCUAGAGCUGCCCUUCAAAUUGCCGUCUUGGGCUCCUUCGUGGGCGUGGGUGAGUCGGAGUUUACCACACAGUACACCAAAGAUCGGCUUGGCAUCACUGCACCCCAGCGCGCUGGACUCCGGUUGUGCAAUGUAACUGUGGCACUCUUUGCCAACACAGUGCUGGUGCGUGUGCUGCGGGAUUGUAUGACCGUCAAGCUCCAGGUGGUUUUGUGCUGUGUGGUUGGCGUCGUGUCCCAUGUCUUGUACAUGAUCGCGAGAUCUGCAACAGCUAUCUAUCCCGCCAACUUGGUGGGUGCUUUUGGCGUCUUGAUAGGGGUUUACGUGAAUACACUGAAUGCGAACGUGGCCGUGGCCUCUGGACUGCCACUGGGGGCUAUGAUGGGGCUCUUCUCCACCGCGUCUCAGUUGGGCAUACUGAUAGGCCCUCCUAUCUUCAGUUCCAUCUUCAUUGUCUCCAUGAAGGAUAUCUUUUGGGGGCAUCCCUUUCCACAGCUGGCCUUUUGUGUCGGGCUCCUGGUGAACUUGAUCAACAUGAAGCUCCUACUUGGGAUCCCUGAAGCUGCCUAUGAGGGCAAGAAGCCCAUCCCCAGCGAAGUGGCACAAGAUCCACGAGACCCUGCAAGCCCAACUCGCCCGACUUCCUUACCAUGA